GCACUUUGCGGCAGCAGGGAAACCGAGGAGAAAGCGGCGAGAAACGUCUCCAGCGGAAAACGCCUCAAAAGACCCCGUGAAUUCAUGUCAUAUUCGGUAAACUAACUCCUGUACUGACCGUAUAUCCCUUCGCUUUUCGGAUGAAAUUGUGUUCAACGUUCUCCCAGCGCGAUUCUCGUCCUUAAUGCAGUGGGAUGGCCACAGUGCCGCCUGGGCCUAGCGCACUGCCUGCAUCCCCGGCUGAAAGUCCUCCUUUCCCCGCGACGGGGAGCGCGGACCCGGCGGCGGACGACCGGGAGCCGGGCUGCCACGGAGACCACCGUGUCCCCGCGGGUACAGGGACGAAGACGCCACCGGCGAGCCAAGAGAAGCGGUCGGUGAAGAAGAAGCAGAAAAACAUGCUAGCCAGAGCUAGCCCGGCGGCGCUGCACCUCAAAAUGCAAGCCCGAGAACAGCAGCAGCUCAACGGCUUGGCCGACGCUGACAGCCACCAGCACGCAGGAGACCGGCCCGACAAUCCCACAUCGCCCGUGGACAACUGUGACAGCAGCAGCAGCGGCGGCUACGACGGGGCUCCGGCCGCCAGAAACAAUAGUGAGGACUGCCAGCACGAAGGCCACGGCCCCUUCUCCAAAAACGGCAGUCACUCUCCCCUGGUUAACAAUAGCAUGAACGGGAUGCCGGGUUUCUCUAGAACUGAGGCGGCCCGCGACCCCAAGCAGGAGUACGGCCACGCGCAGCCCCCGAGACCGCCGUGCGACGAGCUGCCGGACGGUGCCGGGCCCGGCGGGGACGAGAGCCGCGGAGAGCCGCCGGCCGCGGAGCUGGCCCGGCUCGACCUGAGCGGCUCCCCCGCCGGCCGAGCGGAGGCGGACGGCCACGGCAUCCGCUACGUCCGCUACGAGUCCGAGCUGCAGAUGCCGUGGAUCAUGAGACUGAUCACCAAGGACUUGUCUGAGCCUUAUUCAAUUUACACGUACAGGUACUUCAUCCACAACUGGCCGCAGCUGUGCUUUCUGGCCAUGGUGGAGCAGGAGUGUGUCGGAGCCAUUGUUUGUAAGCUUGACAUGCAUAAGAAGAUGUUUCGUCGUGGAUACAUCGCCAUGCUGGCUGUGGACUCGAAACACAGAAGGAAAAGCAUCGGUACUAAUCUGGUGAAAAAGGCCAUCUAUGCCAUGGUGGAGGGUGACUGUGACGAGGUGGUAUUGGAGACGGAGAUCACCAACAAAUCAGCCCUGAAGCUGUACGAGAACUUGGGUUUUGUCAGAGACAAGCGGCUGUUCAGAUACUACCUGAACGGAGUGGACGCACUGCGGCUCAAACUGUGGCUCCGCUAGAGGCAGGCCGAGGGGACGGCGGGGGGGGGAGGAGGACGGGACUGCAGGUGCUGUUCACCUCCAACACCAUCAGCUUCACAGCCUCAGCUCUGCCCUGGUCAUUUCGCUCUUACGUUCACCAACACACACACACACACACACAUCUGUGUCCAAGGAGUAUGCACAGAGGUAUGCAUAGACACACAAACACCCCCUCCUUUUGCCCUUUGACCUCUGGACAACUGUUGUUUAGGCAGAAACGGACAGAAAUCCCACCAUGAAGGGGCCCCCCCCCGUUACUUUCUGUGACGAGGAGGAGGGAGGGGGGUGAGCGAGGGUGGUCUCUGGGAUGACCUUGACUGGAGGGACUAGAUGACAUUGUGACCUUGAAGCUCGGUUGCCUCAUCAGACACCCUAAAGGACAAGGCGCCGCACCAAACUCAUCCUGCAGAACAGACUGAGGAAGAAAACAAAAAAAAAAAAAAUCAUGUGAAACAAGGCAGCGGGGCAGUAAAGUCAGACUGGGAAGAAAAUAUUUGUGGAGUUUAUUUUUGUGUUUCUUUUUUAACCUUGUUAGGUGGGCGGGGGGGUGGAUAAAGCUAUAGUAUGAUUGUGUGUGUGUUUUUCCUUUGUUUUUGUGCGUAUGAGGUGUGAUUUGAUUCACUGUGAGCAAAGCAAAUGUUUGCGCGAGUGUGCGAGCGCGUGGUCAUUCUGAUUGGAGCGUACUGUGUAUAUUCGUCCUUGGUUUCGUUUUUGGUCUCUGUUCCCCAUCCCGUACGGCGGGCGCUGCACUUCUCCCCCCCCGCCGCCGACGCUCCCGCCACCCGCCUCGGCCUCCAGGACUGAAGCCUGUAAAGAUAUGCAUGCAUUUAUUUUAACAUGAGCGCGGGAAGAUGGCGCGUGACGCGAUCCGAGGCCCGCCCUCGGAGUGACCUUUGCCCCCCCCCCCCACCACCCCCAUGUGAUGUGAGCGUGUUGGUGCAGAGCAGCUGAUCGAAACAAAUCACUCCAUUAGCACCUCAAACUUUGCCCAACUUGUGAUUUUUCUUUUUUUUUUUGCUUCAGUGUCCUUCACUAAAACUCUCUUCGAUCUCUCACAGGGUUUAGUCGAAGAGAUCUUUAAACUGGUUUUCUCCCACAAUGCACUGCCAACCACUGCAAAUCCCCCCUCCCCCCCAAGAAAAGCAGGAAAUCGGCGUCUUAUAAAGAGAGACUCUUUGCCAAUCACGGUGCGGCUAAAAUCUCUGUGUUUACUGAUCAUUAGUCAGACUCUCCUCAUUGCAAGUGCCACUCAGUCCGUCAGCACUAACCGCCGCCAUCCGGCCGUCUCGACCCACCUGUGGUCCGUCUCCGUAUCGAGACCGAGGCAGAGCGUUGCAAAUGCUGGAUUCCUGUUUGAGUAUGCUGUGUGUGUGCCUGUGUGUGUGUGUGUGUGUGUUUUACCUCUUUGGAAAAGAAGAGCAUAGACAAGUAUUCUUAGCAGAUUCUAUUCUGUUCAGUUUGUUUUUCAGUUUUAUUUGGAGUUGUCUUCUACACACCUGUUGAACCUCAGAGAGGCUGAGUCCACGACGCACCCCCCCCCCCCCCCCCCCCAAGUGCUCCGACGUGAUGCACAGCCUGGCUAACACUUUAAGAUCUCCAACCCGGAACAAGCUCCGCCGCACCCUGACAUUCUCACACACACUAAUUGGCAAGGAAAGUCUGCUUUGAAUGCUUUGGGUUUUGUUUUUGUUUUGAAGUAAAAUGAACAAAAGGUCAGAUGCACUUCUUUGGAAAAUUGCUGCAGCGUGUUUGUGUAAGAAUGAAUGUUUGUGUGCAUCCUGUUUUGACAAUGGUGUGGAUCUGUUCCAUUAGACCUUCAUUUCGCCACUUUCAGAUGCCCCACACACACACUCACACACACUCUCUCUCUCUCACACAAAUCAGAGCCUUUCAUGGUGCUGCGUUUUUGUCUUGGCCUAAUAAGGACAACAGAACUUCUUAGCUACAGAAAGGAAGACGAACACACACUUUGUUUUUAGCAUUUCAGAACUCGAGUCAGUGCUCAGUGUUUCGGUGAAGGCAGGUAGAAACAAAAGGUGCAAUGUUUAAAGGGAGAAUAAACUCUAAA